AUGGAUAGCGAUCGGGAUAUGUAUCGUCAGUUCCAGGAUUGGUGCCUCAGGACUUAUGGGGACUCAGGAAAAACCAAAACAGUGACCCGUAAGAAAUAUGACCGUAUUGUUCAGCUCCUCAACGGCUCAGAGUCUAGCUCCACGGACAAUGCCAAAUUUAAAUUUUGGGUCAAGUCUAAAGGAUUCCAGCUUGGAAAUACAGAUGAGGUCAACCCUGGAGAGAAGCAAGUACUCUACGUUCCUGUUAAAACCACGGAUGGGGUUGGCAUUGAGGAAAAGCUGUCAUUAAGAAGAGUGGCUGUUGUAGAAGAUUUCUUCGACAUUAUCUAUUCCAUGCAUGUGGAAACAGGGCCUAAUGGGGAACAAAUCAGGAAGCAUGCUGGUCAAAAGAGAACGUAUAAAGCCCCAACACAGCCUAACUUAUUUAGCACAAUCGCUUUUUUUCAGACACCUUGUUUUACCUUUUGGUUUCAGAUUUCGGAAACAUAUGCCUUCUUACCCCGAGAAGCAGUGACAAGGUUUUUAAUGAGCUGCUCAGAGUGUCAGAAGAGAAUGCACUUAAAUCCAGAGGGAGUUGAACAUAAAGAUAAUGGAAAGCCUCCCACAUUGGUGACAAGUAUGAUAGACUAUAAUAUGCCAAUUACUAUGGCUUAUAUGAAGCACAUGAAACUACAGCUCUUAAACUCACAACAAGAUGAGGAUGAGAGCUCUAUAGAAAGUGAUGAAUUUGAUUUGAGUGACUCAACUAGGAUGUCAGCGGUAAACUCUGACCUUAGCUCCAACCUUGAAGAAAGAAUGCAGAGCCCCCAGACUCUUCCUGGUCAACAAGAUGAUGAUUCAGCUGCAGAGAGCUGUAAUGGGAAUGAAACCUCUGGGCAGACGUCUAAUGUUACAGGGGGAAUACACGGCAGGGAGAUGACAGAAGCCAACACCAACGGAGAACCAAAUUUGGAACAAGAUGAACAGCCUCUUAAUUUAAGUGACUGUCCUCUGCCAGCCCAACUUAAUUCUGAAUUCCAAAUAGAUGAUCACAGUAGUAAUGGCAAGAGCAAAAUCAAAAACAUCUUAAUUAGUGACGUGAAGAUGGAGCAAGAAACAAGGGAAAAUGGAAACAAGUCCCCUGCACAUAGUUACUCCAGUUACGACUCUGGCAAAAACGAGAGUGUAGGCGGCUGCGGUGAAGACCUUUCACUGAAUCGAGGAGAAGAUGAUGAAGAUGAUCAUGAUGACCAUGAAGAUUUGGAAAAGGCAACCGAGUCUGAUGGAGUUGAAGCUGAACGUCUGAAGGCUUUCAAUAUGUUUGUCAGGCUGUUUGUAGAUGAAAACUUAGACCGAAUGGUCCCUAUCUCUAAGCAGCCCAAAGAAAAGAUCCAAGCUAUCAUUGACUCAUGCAGGCGACAGUUCCCUGAGUACCAAGAGCGUGCCAGAAAACGUAUACGCACUUACCUCAAGUCCUGCAGGCGGAUGAAAAGAAGUGGUUUUGAGAUGUCACGCCCUAUCCCCUCACACCUUACUUCAGCUGUGGCGGAAAGUAUAUUGGCCUCAGCUUGUGAAAGUGAAAGCAGGAAUGCGGCAAAGAGGAUGCGACUUGAUAGACCUCCGGAGGAAACUGCUGUAGCCGAAAAACCUUUCAAACAAGAGACAUCAGCACAGGUCACUUAUUCCACAUCUGCUGUUUCUAGCACGCAAGAGGUGUUAUACAUCAAUGGAAAUGGGACUUACAGUUACCAUAGUUACCGAGGGCUAGGGGGAGGCCUGUUAAAUCUCUCUGACACUUCUAGCAGUGGGCCAACGGAUCUUAGCAUGAAGAGGCAACUAGCACCCAGUUCCACAUCAUCUAGCAGCACAAGUUCCAGACCUCAGCUAAAUCCUACUGAAAUUAAUGCAGUGAGGCAGCUGGUUGCAGGGUAUCGGGAAUCAGCAGCAUUUUUGCUGCGUUCAGCAGAUGAACUAGAAAACCUCAUUUUACAACAGAACUGAGUCACACAACCUCUUCCCUGACCUGGUUUAAGCCUGGAGCUUCACAAAUGACAUUCUGAUGUGCCAGAUUGGGCCCUUCUUGUUACUGCACUGAUGUGUAGAGGAGAUAAUUACCAUAAUGCCACACUGUUUUUGAUCCAUGAAGUGAUGUUAAGGUGCUGCGGGUGAACUUCAGACCUCUGACAUUCGCGAGGUCUUUGAUGUGUCCAGCUUUUUGUUCUCAGUGUGUCAGUUUAAAUAUUGCAUAUGUGGCUGUAGAUCAUUAAAUCAUGCAAAACAGUGAAGCAAAUGGAAGGCACUGAGAUGAUAAAUUAGUUCAGGUUCCAAGUGCAAUAUUAGUGGAAUGUGCUACUGACUCU